AGGAAAAUAUUUCUCCACUUCUGGUCAGUGCUUCUUCACCUCUUACGGGGAGUUGAGCUCCCACUCCCUUUUUAAUUUCUUCCAUUGAAUUCAAUGGCGAAAACCCUAAUUUCGUCUCCACCGUUCAUCGGCACGUCACUGCCGUCAAUUUCUCGCCAUGGUCUCCCUCACCGCAGACUCGUCUCCACCAGAGUCAAGCUCAGCUUCCAUGAGAUACCUCCAAUUCAUUCCAUGGACUCGUGGAUUGAUGUCAACGCUAUUGUUAGAAAAUCCGAGGGGCUUCUCUACACACUAGCUGACGCGGCGGUCGCUGUGGAUUCUGCUUCUGGCGCCGCCGAUGCUGCGGCGCCGCAGAAUAAUGGUGGUUGGUUCGGAUUUAUCUCGGAUGGGAUGGAAUUCGUGCUCAAGGUGCUGAAGGAUGGAUUGAGUGCUGUUCAUGUGCCAUAUGCAUAUGGAGUUGCGAUUAUUUUACUUACAGUUAUUGUUAAGGCUGCUACGUAUCCUUUGACAAAGCAGCAGGUGGAAUCCACGAUGGCUAUGCAAAAUCUUCAACCAAAGAUCAAAGCCAUUCAACAAAGAUACGCAGGCAAUCAGGAAAGAAUACAACUCGAGACAUCACGCUUAUAUAGGCAGGCUGGGGUGAAUCCAUUAGCAGGUUGUUUACCAACCUUGGCAACAAUACCAGUCUGGAUAGGUCUAUAUCAAGCUCUUUCCAAUGUGGCAAAUGAGGGAUUGUUGACAGAAGGUUUCUUUUGGAUCCCGUCCUUGGGUGGGCCUACCACCAUUGCUGCUCGACAGAGUGGAUCUGGCAUUUCUUGGCUUAUUCCAUUUGUGGAUGGACAUCCACCAUUGGGUUGGCACGACACUAUUGCGUACCUUGUUUUACCUGUCCUCCUUGUUGUUUCUCAGUAUGUUUCAAUGGAGCUAAUGAAGCCUCCACAGACAGAUGAUCCGGCUCAGAAGAACACGCUUCUGGUUUUCAAGUUCCUACCUCUGAUGAUUGGUUACUUUUCCUUGUCUGUUCCAUCAGGGUUGUCAAUUUACUGGUUUACAAACAAUGUCCUAAGCACAGCUCAACAAGUAUGGUUACGCAAUUUAGGGGGUGCUAAGCCUGUUGUGAAUGAGAACGCUAGUGGUAUCAUCACUGCAGGACGUGCAAAACGAUCAGCUUCUCAGCCAGUGUUGCCUGGAGACAGGUUCAGACAGUUAAAAGACGAGGAGAAGAGAAAAAAUUUGAGCAAGGCAUUGCCGGAGGAAGAGAUUCAGGCCCUGGAUUCUAUAUCUGAUUCUGGUAUGGACUCAGAUGAAGAUAAGGACAAGGAUGAGGAGGUUCUAGAAGAGGCAUAUGCUUCUAGUGCAAGCAAGCAGGUUCCCAAUGUUUCUCGGCCAAAGAGAAGCAAGCGAUCAAAGCAGAAGCGUGCUUUAUAACAAGCAAUGCAUACUGAUAUUGUUUUAAUUUAAGUGGCAUGUUCUUUGUUAGCUCAUUUACCCUGUAAACCGUCCUUUCGGAAGAGUAUUAUCUAUGUCAUAUUGUCCUUGGCUUGCAUACAGAAGUUGAGUAGAGUGCAUUUUGUGCUUUCCUCGUCAUCUUUGGAUAAUGAGUAACCUGAGAUGCGUGUACAGUAGUUAUCCUGCGACGUCGACUGAUUGAAUACCUUCGUGGCUUGGUUAAUAUAUGUAAUUCAGUUUCUUUCAUUAGAAGCACUUGCUGUGUUUAUCCAGGGUUUUAACUUGAAGAAGAUUAGUCGGCUUUUUAUUAUUGUUGUAAAUUUCUCGUGCUCCACGGAUGGGAAUUUCGCACAUUAGAUUAUUAUUGAGGUGCAUGUAUUUCAUAA